AACAAUAGAACGGAAUAGAAAAACAAACACAAUACUAGAAGAAGACAAAUAAAAAACAUUAUAGAUACUCUGACCAUGACAAGCGACUACAAACACGGUUCUUACCGUACUCACAGGAACAAAUCGAACCAGUAUGCCGCUGCCUUCGGCGAGUUGCACAAAGACGACGCCUAUUCGAAGAGGAGCAGGCAAAGCCGAAUGAGCGAGGCAAGCGGCGUAAAUUACCUCUCGCAUCAGUUGAAGCAAACUGCUUCGUUCGACUUUGCCUCGAUCGAUGAGAACAGUGAAAACAUCCGCAACGGAGCCAACAGUCGGUUCAACAGCAUGGGUACCACAAAAACCACAAAUACGCUAGAGGACAGCUAUAGCAGAGCAAUGCAAAAGAUGAAUCGUGGCGACUUUGAUCCCAACCGAAAGGUGACCAGUGAUGCAGAGAAGGGACGAUUCGACGACAAGAAUCGCUSGAGCCGUGGCAGCAGCAAGGCAGAGAGCCAGAGCCGCCACAGCAACACCAGCAGCAAGCACACUCAAAUGGAUAAUCAUUCGGCCCACCGAAGAGCAUCCAAAUCCAAAAAUAGUGCCACUACCGGUAAGAAAAAAAGGUCCGUCAGCAAAAAAGAUCCUUCGGAAGAAACAAUCGCUCUCUUCGGAGCCAAUGGUGUCACAGGUCACUACUUUUUGCAACAAGCUAUGGAGGCAGGAUAUAACAUCCAGGCGUUGGUUACACCGGGAAUGCCACUAGAGGACUUUUCCAACAAUGAACGUCUCAAUAUCGUCACCGGUUCCCUCGAAGAGAUCGAGAAGAUUCAAGCUGUUGUUCAUAAUGCCACAUACGUGGUUUGUCUUCUGCAAGAUAAUGACCAAGAAACCAUGAAGCCCCCAGUUGGCAACAUUGAAGACGAAGCUGCAAAUGAAUCCUAUUCUUUUUUCAAUCUCAAUUUUGUUCACAAUCUUGUACCAAUUUUGGAGCAAUCGAAGACCUGUCGCGUCCUGCUCUAUGAAGUACGUUUGCUAUCGAAUUGUAAUCUCGUUGCGGUUUAAUUUUUACUUUUGCUUACUCAGGUAUCUCUAUCUGUUGCUUACAAUAUUUUUCAACUUUGAAAUCUUUCUUUGUCAUCUGAUACAGGCAACUUCACUAGCGAAAGAUUCGAAAGGAAAUGCUCCAUUCUUGACCACGAUGACAAAAAAAUUAGCAUUUGGAAAGAACUGGCGCUGGAAUAAAAAAGAACAGGAUCGCAUUGUCCAAUAUCUCGCAGCCCAGACAGAGAAUGCUGCCUUUAACUACAUUGUAACUCGCCCAAGUGCAACCCUCAUUUGGGACAGACCAUCUCGCAAAAAGCUUGCGGCAUCUAAGUCGGUACGUUGUAAUUUUUGGUCUGCUGUUUACUUCUCAUUGUUAUGCGGCUUUACCACUAACGUUCCGUUUUACGUUAUAUAACAUCAAUCCUCCAGAAACCGGGACCGUUUCCGAUUACGAAUAUUGACUUAGCCGAGUUCACAUUAAAUGCGUUGCGGAUGGAAAAGGUUUACAAUUCCUGCCCCUACGUGGUACAAGACGGAAUUUAAAGUGAGACUUCGAUUCUGAAGCGAUUGACACAUCGAAGGCUGCGGGGGAUCUUGCUUUUCCAGGGAAAAAUACUAAGGGAGAUCUAUGAUUGGUUGCAGGCCUAAAACGCGCCAUCUACAGUACAAUGACACGGCGACGACAAAUCCAACAACUUCGUACUAGUAGAAUAUUUGUGCUCAUUGCAUACAAUUAAGAGGAAUAUAUAUAGGAACAAAAU